AGAGCCUGUUUCAUUGUGUGGGAUUGUGUACAUUGACUGCAGUUGGGAACCAAGAUGGCGGCCGGAAUUUGCCGAAAGUACGAGAAUCUGUGGACAAAAACGUAGGAUUUAUCGAGUUAUAAAGUAUGCAGUGACUGUCAAGAUGACCACAUUAUAAAUAGUCCGGGGCCCCGCAACAUGGAUACAAGGCAGCCACAGCCAGACUGCAAUAUGUAAAUGCAAUCAGGGGCAUCACUUUAAGGUCUGGGAUUGUAGAGGCACCUGACCGCACUACAGACAAGGCCAGUAGAACGUAGAAAGUUCAUUAAAAGAUGUGCAUCGCCAUCAACACCAUUCUCGUCAGCCUAUCAGCAAUGAGCAUCAUCCCACCGAUCACUUUCUCAUAAAAACGAGGACAGUGUUUUCGCAAGCGAUUUUUUUUACGCAUAAUUGUCAUCCUCUGCUGGAUUUCAAGAUGGCCACCGACGGCAAGCACAAACCCAAGAUGUGGAAUAAGCUGAAGGAUGCCGUCAAUCGCAACGGCCUGGUGAGACGGAUCAGCAUCCGCAAGAGCAGCCGGGUACGGAAAUACGGGGAGGAGGGGGAAGACAAUGAAGAAGGCGUCAACGAUUAUCUGCGUAGCCGGCAUUAUGCACUCCCAGUUCGGAUAAUACUCUUAGCGCAAGUCUACAGUCUCUUCAUCGACGGGGAGCAGCAGCGCUGGGAGAAGAUUGUUGACGAGGUGGUCCGAAUCUGCGUCACCCUAGAGCAAGAAUCGCCCAAGUACGUCUACCACAUAUCCACCGUGGACGCCGAUCUGCAAGGCGUCUUGGAUACAUACAUCUGCGUUCCAGGAGCCCAGUUGGUGAGGUGCACGUCCAGCUUCGUCCAGUGGAAAGACUCAGAGCAGGGUGGGGCCUGGGGACUCAACUUCAUCUCGGACGACGCGGCCGACAAGUUCAUCGCCCUUUGCUCGCCGAGUGAUAAUCCAAAGCUGAAGCGAUCCAACUCGUCGGUUUGUUUGGAGACAUUUGAUCUCCCCGAUCCCGCCAGCGAGUACCGAGACGAAGACAACAAGACUCCGACGGGACCCAUCCCAGUGGCCUCCUGCGACAUCGGCGACGUGGUGAUUGAUGGUUUGGCGUUCGCCGGGGAACCCUCAGAGAUGACGACCGAGACGGGACUGGAGCGAACAGACCGGCAGAAGCAGAUCAACAUCCCGAUCUCUGGCGGGGUGCGGCGCAUGCUAUCCUCUCGCUCCAACGGCCGGGAUAUCAAAUACGCCACCUACUCCAGUUCCCGCCGGUCGAUCUUCGCCGAGUCCCUCUACGACAACCUCAGCGAUGAGGAAAACGUGCUGGACGAGGACUUCCUGUCCAAUAAGAACGCUGGGAAGUGGUCCUACGCCGACAACCACGUCACGAAUGGGAGCCGGAAAACCGUACCGGGCGAUUUUCCCACGCAGAGUGAGGACUCUGUCACGCCCACACCUGUGAAGCGGACAAAGUCAAGGGAAGCCGAAGCCAUCUCCUCCGGCAAAAGUUCCCGAGAAAGCACCCCUCGUCACAAACCCAAGAUAGUCAUCAAUCACACCACUCACAAAAAAGUCGACAGUGCCGUAAGCCUGGAUUUACCCAGUCCGCCAGAGAAACUAAACAGUAUCACCUCGGACAAUUGGGAGGCAGGGGAGGGCGGACUUCGCCCACGCUCCAACACCGCAACAAGCCGCACCAGCUCCAAUGGCAGCAGCCGUGGUAGCACCAAGCGCCGCGGCUCGCGCAAAUCAAAAAUUAAAAGUUUAAUCGUUGGAUCGACCACCGACCCGCUCAGCGACGUGGAAAAUGCACAGGAACACUUAGCUCAGACGCAUUCCCUCCUACAGGCCUACGAACUCCACAUGCAGAAUAUGAACGACAAGGACGACUACGAUAGCGCAAACGCAGACCUGGAGGCUUUCUCGCCGCGACCGCCGUCCACGAGAAGGUCCUCGUCCUUCAAACGGAACAAUCUGAGGACGGGGGUUGGGGGUAGCGAAGGCGGAAGCAGUUGCAUCAUGGGAGAACUUGGCACCCUAACCUCGAGCGAGGGACAUUACUCACAGGGUACUGAUGAUGAUUUUCUGGACAUCGAGAACUUGGCACUAAAGGACGAUGAUGUUGAUGAUGACGAUUCGGACAGCCAUUCCUUCAGUUCCCUCCACUCCCAGGCCUCCACCUACACCCAGCGGGGAGCCAUCAGGAAGGCCGGCUGGCUGCAAUGCAAGAGCCUAUUGGUCCAGAAGAAGAAGAGGGUGGAGAGGGCGACCAGUAGGAAAUGGAAAGAGUACUGGGUUUGUUUGAAAGGCACUAUGCUCCUGUUCUAUCAUUGUGAAAAUAAAACUGCGCCGGAUGAGAACAUCGAACCGAAGCAUAUACUUGUUGUGGAGGGAGGCAUCGCACAAGCCAUCCCAGAACAUCCGAAGAGAGAUAACAUCUUCUGCCUUAGCACCGCAUUCGGAGAUGCGUACCUCCUUCAGUCCCAAAGUCAAAUCGAGCUUGAAAACUGGAUCACCGGCAUUCACUCAGCUUGUGCUUCGGCCUUGGCAAGACAGCAUGGCAAGGACGACACGAUCCGCCUCCUGAAAUCUGAAAUACACAAGCGGGAAUCCAAAGUAGAAAGUGAGACCAAAAUGAAGAAGAUGGCAGAGCUCCAAUUAAGCGUAGUCACUCAGGCCAAAAAUAGACAGGCCAUUGUCAAUCAGAUAGCCCAGUGGGAUCAGAACCUGGAACGCUUCCAUCUAGAGCUCUACCGUCUUCGCUGCUACAUGGCCUCCCUCCAGGGCUCCGAGCUCCCCAACCCCAAGACCCUCCUAGCCUGCGUCUCCAAACCCACCAAGCACACCUUAGCCAAGCUAGACUUCUUCUCAGUCUCCUCCUUCCACGCCUUAGUCAGCGCUCGCAACCCCAUGGGUCUGCAGGGCCGGUUCUCCAAGCCCAGGUCCAAGAAGCAGAAAGGACUGUUUGGUACCCUGAAAAGGUCUUCAAAAGGGGCAACAGCCUUAGCUGCUGAUGCAGCAAGACUAGCAGAGAGCCAUGAUAAAACAACAGCCCCACCAGCACAGUUUGAAGAGAGCGACCAGAAACAGCUGGAAAAUGACGACGAAAAGAGCAAAACCACUCCGAUUAGUCAGAUGUUUGAGAAACAGAUGCAAGAGGAGCGGAGCAAAGACAAGACCCUCUCGGAGGAGCUGAUAGAGGGCGCCCUUGUCAAGGUGCUGUUGCCGGACAACCAGAGCACCAUGGUAACGCUCCGGCCGGGCAUGACUGUGCAAGACCUGCUCAUAAGUAGCUGUGUGAAUCGGCAGAUGGAUUACCACAACUAUUACGUCAAGUUCAACCAGGCUAUGAGAUUCGGUGCGGAGUUCAAGAUUCCAGACAAAAAUGCCAUCCUAGAAAAAGAAAAAUUUGACGAGAUAGAAAUUUGCACCAAAUGCAUUCAUCAAGUGGAGCUGUACCAGUUCAAUGAGAACAUGGAUUUCGGUUUUACGGUGGAGGCGGAGCUAGGAGACGAUGCGGAGAGGGAGGACCAACUCUGCGUCUUCAUCAGCGAGAUAGAAAAGGGAGGCUUGGCCUACCACCAAGAUCUGCACGUGGGCGACGAGCUUCUCUGCAUCCAGGGACGGGUGGUCUGUGACCUGGACAUGCUCUUCAUCGAGAACCUCCUCCAGACCAGCUUCUCGGUCAUGCUGACCGUCCGGUCCAGCCGGACGGUCUUCGCACAGACCCAGGCCAUGCUGGACACCAACAAGUACAUUGACCAGCUGACGUGCCCACCGCCGCCCAGCCAGAACAGGCUGACCGACGACAUGAUUGACUUGCUCAUCAUACCCGCCCCAAACUCCUAUGAAGAGAGCGACGUCUCAGACACCAGCCUCAUCUCGACCUCCAACGGCCCCAGCCCGCUGCGCUACAUGUACGACCCCGUAGAGGAGGAACGACAGAGCCAAGAACGAGCCAAACAAGAGGAGGCCCAGCGAGCCCAGGACAGCGUCAAGCACCCAAAGCAGAUCGAGCAGUUGCUGAAGGGCGUGGAGCAGAUUACGGAUUUCUGCCGGACUAUGGAUCCGCCGGGGAGAGAGGAGGAGGAAGGAAGGGGCGGAGCCGAGGAGAGAGAGGGGGAGGGGAGACUGAUCGACGAUGCGACCAUCUUACUGCAGUCGGCACAGAAGCUACGGAAGGUCAUCCUUGAGCUUCAAGACACAGAGAGAGCUUACGUCAAGGAUCUCAACCUGCUGGUGACUCGGUACUUGGAGCCACUGCAGAGUGAGGCAUUUCUCACUGCGGACGAGAUUGAUGCUCUGUUUGGGAAUAUCAAGGAGAUCAUCAAGUUCCAGACUGUCUUCCUGAAGGGCAUUGAGGACUCCACGGAUGUUCCUGAAUAUGACAGUUUUUCCAACCCAGCCCAAUUCAAGCGCAUCCUAUUCUCCCUGGGUGGGGCUUUCCUCUACUACAUGGACCACUUCAAGCUCUACAGCUCCUUCUGCGCCUGUCACUCCCGCUCCCAGAAGAUCCUGGACCCGGCUCGGGGCAACAAGGCACUGAUGGAGUUCCUUGAAGCCAGGAACCCCAAGAAUCAACACUCCUCGUCCCUUGCAUCUUACCUCAUCAAGCCCAUACAGCGUGUCUUGAAGUACCCCUUACUCCUCCACGAGAUGCGAAGUCAGCUGGACAACAACAGUGAGGAGCACUACCACCUGUCUCAAGCCCAUAAAGGCAUGAGCCAGGUCGCGGGUCACAUCAACGACAUGAUGCGAGUACACGAGGAGUAUGGCGACGUCUUCGAUGGACUGGUGUCUGAGCAAUACCACGUCAAGAAGGAGCUGGUGGGAACCAAGGUUGCAGAUUUAGCGAUGGACGACCUGGUUCUGUACAACAGCGCCCUCUGGCUGAACAGCCAGGACGACCUGGGAAAGGUCAAGCGAGGCAAGGAUCCAGAGGUCAUCGUAUUUGUUUUUCGGCCGGCUGUGGUCAUCAUCUGCAAGGAGAAGACCAAGAAGAAUCGCAAGUCAUCCAUGAAGGGCAACAGCCAGCUGACGGAGGACGUCAUCCGCUUCAAGUGGAUGAUACCGGUAUCCACAAUGCAGGUCAAGGACGCUAGCAUUAAUGAUUCUGACUACCUAAGCCUGUGGGAAUUGUCGCACACCAAGAGUGAAGGGAAGUCAGAGAAGUUCUUCCAGUUCUCCUGCAGUACGUCCGAGUUGAAGUCACUCUUCGUCAAGACCAUCAAGCAGAUCAUCCGGGACCACAAGUACAACAAGAACACCACCACGAGCGGAAAGUUCACCCUGGGCCGGCCCAAGAACUACACCCCGUUCAGCGGCAAGCGCUUCGAGGGCUUGUCCCAGCCCAAGCGAACCUUGCGCAAGUCCCUCCAGCUCGGUGAGUCCGGCCGCACGGAGGGCUCGCAGUGCAGUGAGGAACACUCCAGUGGCAGUGGCUCCAUGAAGGGGGACCGGUCGGAAGGGGACCAGUUUGACUCCUUGGAGACAGACUCCAACAGCACGGGGAAAGGCGUCCGGAUCAUCAAGCGACGGUCAAGUUUGGACUCCGGGAUGCAUUCAAACGAUUCGAACUCCCUAACGGGGAGCAAUCGCGAUAGCGACCCGCUCAACACUAACGUUAAUAACAACGUCCAACGGAUGAUCUCGGAGGACGAUUCGGCCAUCGGCUCGCCGAGUUGCCCUUUGACCCCAAUGAGCGAGGAAGGUGAUUGGACGGCUCUCAACAAUCCUUCACCAGCCGUGCUGUCUCACCAAGAAAUACGAGAACGUCUUGCCAUGAUGGAGCUGUCCGUUGCCAGUAGUGACGACACGCCAAAGAGCCCCGAGUCAGACAUCGCGAGUGCUAACCGAACUCUAAACAUGAGCGGGGGCGCCGUUUCAGCGCCGACCCAAAACCGGAGGCAUAAGACGAGCCAGCGGGGAUCGCUGUACGACAACAUGAGGUGCGACUCAGUCGAAGAAGAAGAUGAAGAAUUGAAAGACGCGACAGACACAAAUUCCAAUUUUGUUACAGAGAUUCCGGGCUCCUGCAUCAAUUAACAAAUGUAUGAUGGUGUAAUAGUUUAAAUUUAUAGCAAAUAACUGUCCUCAGUUUUCCUCAUGAGGGCGCCCUUCCAUUUUAAGACUUUUUGAGGCACUCAAAAGCAAUUCCAAAAUGUUUCACAACUUAAGUAAAAAAAUUUAUACCGAAUACUUGCUUUACAAAAAAGGUUACUAGUGGAUCGUUUUCAAAGAGACAACUUUUAACAAAGCAAAACCCAAUUGGAAAAAAAUACCUAGGAGAGACAAAGUUGGUAGACAGCAAAACUGGUAAUCAGUGUAUCCUGCAACGCUUUGGUUGACUGUACAGUGUGUAAAGAAGUGUAAAUACGAAAAAAGUGUACGGAAAAAAGCUCUCCCUGAAAGUCCACAAAGGGAGCCCUUGUACAUCUGCUGGACGUUUUGUAAAAAUGCUUUAGAAAAAGAUUAUCAAACAGAAAUACAAUUUGUCAGUAUUUUUCAAGCAUUUAAAUUGUACAUUAUUAUCUUGAUUUUGGAAAACUUUCCAUUUUGCUGUGCAAAAAAGAAGAAGAGAAAACAUAUAGUAAAAUCAAAACAAUAUGAACAAUAUUUUAUGCUCGGGAAGAUCCUAUAGAAUUGUAAGAUUUAUUUUCAAACAAAUAAAGCAAUCAUGAAAUUGGAUUGUGCCUUAAUGUCAGUGCUUGAAGAAAGAGGCAUAUCAGACAAAAAUUGUAUAGAAUAUCAGUAUUUUGUGAAUCUAUUUAGUAAUAUUGCAAGAAAAUAUGAGGAUGGCAAUAAAAUGAGAAUAAAACAAUUUUUUUAUACCAAAUUAAUAAUUGCCUUAAUUGCUAUAACCAGGGAUGUGAAGGAUGAUACAAGAACAACGAAAACAUUUUUUAAAGAUAAUUUGCAAUGUUCCUGAAGUGUCUUGGUCAUAAAUUUACACCUGAAUAUAAACCUUGACAGUGCAGUACGAUAUUGCAAGUAUUUUAACAGAAGCCAAUUCCUAAUUGUGCCCACAAUGUGUGAAAUAAUCUCAUUUUGUAAUUUUUUCUAUAAAAUGCGAUUAUAAUUAUAGAUUUGUUGGAAAUAUCACUAUGUAAAACCACAAAAAAAAAUUAUGGAAUGGUGUACAAAUUUUCACUUAAUCUUUUACAAAAUUAUGGAAAGCUUACUAUCAACAAUCAUGUUUUUACUCCUUGUUUUUUAAACGGCAAGUUUUUAAUAUUGCUCACAUUUUUAUCUAUAUGAAAGGCCUAUACAGGGUAAACUUUACACAGAAAUUUGUACAAACUGUCAAUUUCUAAGGCACUUUUUCAUGAAUUGUGUUCAAAUGUACUCAGUUUGUGCCUGUAAAUUUUUUAAGUAAAAUGGUCCCAAAAGAAGACUCAUAAUUUUUUACAAAUGCGACAAAAGUAUAAAAAUGCUGAAAAUUGUUACGAUGGUUCCAAGUCUUUUGUUCAUUGAUCUCCAACUCUAUUUUGUGUUUUUUUACAGACCCUUUUUGAAACCAAAUACGGCCAUAUUUUAAAAAGGAAAUUUUGGCAGUUGUAUGGGUCGUGCAAUACCCAUUAAGCAAACUUGAGUUUCCAUGUAGAAAUCUGCUGACCUAAUAUUUGGCUAAAUAUAAUUUUCUUCUGUACAAACUUAUAAAUAUGUUAAAAAGGAAAUAUAUAGUUAUGUUGCAGUUCGGUUUGCAAUUUUGUGGAAUUAUUUUCUCCCUUUUUUGUGAGAGUGUGAGUUGUUUUGAUAUUGAAAAUGUGCUAAUAGAAACUUGCUCUUUCAGUUUUUCAGUUUUCUUGUCCUAGUCAGCGAACAUUUCUGAUUAUAAUUGUUUCAUGUUGUAAAUUAUGAAGUAAUUAUGUGGUUUCGUUUUAUUUAUGAAAAAUUUGAUUAAUGUAUCAGUUACUUUAGAGAACCCCUGUUCUUUCUUUUUUCUGGAGUAUCUUGUCCAUUUGAGGUUUAUUUUUGAUAAAGUUUUGAAGGAAUAUUUGCCUUUCUGAGUCAUUUUAAUCACAAUAUGCAGACCUACAGUCGAUAAAAUAUCAGAAAACUAACCCUGAACAAAACCCUUAACAUGAGCACAACAAAAACAAAGUAAUGGUUUUAUCUGUUUUGUUUUAUCACUGUAUUUCAUCCUCUAUUAUAGCAAUUGACUUAUCUUUUGUGAAAAGCAAUACUUUUUAAUGUACAGAAUUGAAAUGAACAAUGCAACAUUGAUACUAAAUUGGAAGUUUUUCUUAUUAUUAAAACGAGCUUACAUAAAAUCAUGUAAAGCCAUAAAUCAUGAAUUUAAACAGUAAUUUGGAAACGGCCCCAAAGCCAAAAAACAAAAUAUUUUUUCAAAUUUUUACAAAUUUUCUUUUGACACAUUUUGUGAUAAGUUUGACAGAAAAACGUUCCGCAUUGCAUCCGUUUUAUAGGGGAAAAGAGUUAUUUCGCAAGAUUUCCCCUUCAUGAUUUGGCCCUUAUUAUUGAAAAAUGUGUCUGAGAUACUUUUGGUUCACUUAAAACAGCAAUAUCUCUCUUUUCUUAUCAAUAAAGUGUAAUGUAGAUAAUAUUUUAAGUCAAAUACUGUCUUUCAGACUGAAGUAAUUUAAGUACGCAGUGCCUCCAACCUUUGUUUUGCAAUUAUUAAAUUGGAAAAACAAUUUCAA